CAGCAAUAUUUUGCAUCGCGAAACUUUGUGACACAAAUCGAGACGCGAAGUGUUAAGAUAUGAACAAAUUUUAAGAUGCAAUAUAAGCUGUUGUGUAUCUGGUAGAAAAACAGAUGUGAAAAACCCGCAUAUUUGGAAAAAAUUUCUGGUCAACACGCAGUUCUUACUUUGUUUUCCGUUUGUUUGAUUGUUCAAAUAAAGCACGGAAUCAUAUUGCAUACAAGCGGUUUAUUGCUCAAAUACAGCACGAAAAGGUAUAAAACACGUGUUAUUUUUCCUCAAAACAGCUAAACAAAUGAAUUUAUCAAUUUUUGUUAUUUCACUCAAUUUUUAUUAUUUCACCAUUAUUAAAAGCAGGGAUGAAUUUUCCCCUUGAUUUAUAGCUUUUUGCAUUUCGUCAAAACGCUAAAGGGAGGGAACUCAUUGAGACUUUUUUGUUUUCUGCUUUUUGGAAAUAAACAUAAUUGCCAUUGACAGAAGAACAGGAAAACACCUGCUUCUCAAGACACGAGAAUUCAGAUAUUCUGCCAAGUGAAUUCGAUUUUUCAUGCUUCAAAACUAGACAACUUGACAUUUUGAUCAGAUUGGCCAUUAUCUGAAUUAAGUCAUAAUCUUCGCCUCGCUGUCAAGAUACGGAUUUUUUCAUUACAAACAGAAUUAUCUUCUUUUGUCGAGUUCUUUUUAAUAUUUUUUUUACCAAAAAGCUGAGUGAUGGGAUAUUUUUUGUAAAUCAGGGACAUGUUCUAUUACCUUACCUAUAAUAAUGAACUGUCCAUUAACCUAGUUUGAUUUAAAGCCACUUCUUAUCUAGUGAACAAAAAUUCAAGUGGUUGCGCUGAAAAUUUCUGAGCUCGUUUGCGUUUGUUGUUUUUUUGUCUGUUUUCGCUCUUUUCAAUCCUCGACUGUAGACGAAUACGUACAGCUCUUGACUGUGGAAAAUUCUAUUACCAAUAUUUUCCACUCCUCUAAUGCAAAAUUUAUUAUUGUUUAUUUUUAAUACUGGAGCAGCUUUCUGCUACUUUUACGUUCCGAAUCAAUGUUCCUUUUUUAAAUUAGUUUUUUUUAUGAGCGGCAAAGUUAAUUACCAUUGAAUAGAAAAAGAGUUGGGAGCUUUUAUUUGCAACAUUUAUACUCAUCUAAUGUACCGCUUUUGGCCAGCCUCUCAGAUUAAACCUUGGAUUAUUCUGGUAACGAAAAUGAUUAAGAAGGCGGUGCUGUGUGGGACUAAGUCCCUGGAUGUGUCCAAGUUGAGUGUGCCCCUCAACAGACACAAAACCCUAACCCCCACCCCCUCCUUCGGAAGCAGACUCUCCGCGGGGGGACCAGAAACAGACACUAACACAUCCGGAUCCAGGACUCCAGAAGAGGCGGCAGGGGAGGAUAAAGAUGAAACCCCCCCUCGAAUUUUGAUGGGGGAAGAUGCCCCAGUGUAUGAGGGCUACAGGCUUCACCUCCCCGCCCAGAUGAGGGACAGGAACCCCUUCAACGUCCUCCAGAUUCUCAAAGACUGCAUCGGAAAAGAUGUGACUCGAAUUGCGAUGCCAAUCUCGAUCAAUGAGCCACUUACUCUCCUGCAGAGGUUUGCAGAGAACCUAGAAUACAUAGAGCUACUUGAAAAGGCAUCCAACUGCACUGAUAGUUUAGACCGACUCAAACACAUCAGCGCAUUUGUAGUCAGCGGAUUAUCGGGAAUACUAGAGCGAAUCAGCAAACCCUUCAACCCUAUUCUUGGCGAGACCUUCGAAAUGACUCACCCAAAUGGCCGAACGCGAUUCGUAGCCGAACAAGUGAGUCAUCACCCGCCAAUUUGUGUGUUUCAUUUAGAGGAUAUUGAAGGUCGCUUUAAACUAACCGGGUCUUGUCAAGCCAAAAUCAAGUUCUUGGGCCGAGCUGUCAAUAUUCACGUGAAAAAUGUCGUCAGUUUGGAGUUUCCGGAGUAUGAUGAGACUUACUCAUGGGGAGCUGUGGAUUGCGUUGUGGAUAAUUUGUUCAUAGGAAAACCGAGAAUCGAGUAUGAUGGCACAUUUACAAUUACAAACAACAAAACAAAAGAAUAUGCCAAAUUUGACGUACACAAUACUUCAAUGUUUACCAACAAAAAACCAAACGAAGUCGAGGGACAUAUUUAUGAUACAGAAAAUAACAAAAAGUUCUACUUAUUUGGAUUCUGCAAUUCUCACUUAUGUGUCGCAAACUACACUGAAAGCAUUCACAAGCAAAGAGGGAAACUUAACCGACAAAUCACACCAAACACACCAGGAUCAAAAAAGGGCAAAAAUGAGGGCGAAGCCGUUUUCGAGGAACCGGAAAUGGAAACAGCAAAAUUCGAACAACCUGAAAAAGAAAGUGAUCACGAUGAAGAAAACAUGAAAAAAUCCAGAGAGAAGACGCCCUCUAGCGACGGAGACAAGAGUGAUGACGUCAUUGAUUUCGACACUUUAUGGGCGGUGAAUGCGCGCCCAAUUUGGUGCCAGGAUGAAUACUGUCUGACUAGUUUUGCCACAAUUCUUAACGAGAUAACAGAUGACAUAUCGAAGAGGUUUGAGGAAGGAACUAUUCCCAAAACAGACUCGAGGUUCCGACCAGAUCUGAGGAAAUUGGAAAACGGAGACUUGGAAAAGGGGGCGGAGGAAAAAUUGAGACUGGAGUCCAAGCAGAGACAGGCUGAGAAGGCAAGAUCGAAAUCUAAAGAUAAUUGGACUCCUCUUUGGUUUGUGUGGAACGAACAAAACAAGAAAUGGGAAUUUAAUCACACUUAUUGGGACAGAAAGUACGAAAACAGUCCUGAUAUAUUCUAAACAAAAUUGUUCCUAUCAAAUUUUAAAUCUGAUUGAUGUAUGUUGGAGGCUAAUUACUCUCAAAAAUGUACAAAACUUGAAUAUAGCGAGGAUUUGAAAUUGUAUCUUUAGGUUUCUAUAUAUUUUUGUAAUCUAAUUUUGGAAUGAAGCGAAAGCAGUGUUU